ACUUUGACCUUGAUUUUCUCAAAAACUGUUGAUCACAGAGAAAAAAUUCAUUCAUAAAAAGUAUCUUCACUUUAGCCCCUAUCGAGAUACGAAGUCUGAGAGCUUAACUCAAAAUCGUGAUUUUCCGACCAUAGUCCUUUGUCAAUCUUAAUUGAAAUUAAGAAUAAAGGGAAAUCCCUUACAUUGUUUUUUUCCAUAGCAAACACAUGGACACUAAUUAAGAAUCAUCUGUUUUCGAUUGAUUUUAGCUAUAAAAGAAUCAGCUACUACCGAAUUUUAAUCACUCAAGCAAAAGCUAAAGAAUCAUCAACAGUUUCAUUUAAAGUAUCAAUAAAAAUCCUAAUCACUCAACUGUUACAAUGAAUUUAACUUUGUUUGCUUCCAUCUUCGCCCUUUUAAUCAAUCAGUCCUUCGCAUGUGACUGUGGUCGGCCUGAUUACACAAUGAUGGGAAGAUCAAAAGGCUUGUUGAGUCGAUUCCCUUGGUAUGUGGUUAUUGAAAAUAAAAAUUUAAAAUCUUGUGGUGCUGCAUUGAUUGAUGAUCAACAUGCUGUUAUUGCUGCUCAUUGCCUUUCCGGUUCAGAUGCAUCAUCACUCGGAGCUCGUUUGAACGAUAACUCAACAAAAUCAAUCGCAUCCAUUUGGGUUGAUGAGCGUUAUAACAACGAGACUGGUGCCUAUGAUUUUGCUGUAUUUCCCCAGUCGGCUCGCAAUUCCAACCCAUUUGUUUGCUAG